GAUUUUUUUGCGGGAGGAACCGGAAAGGAGGUGGCUUCCGUCGUCGCGAUGCUGGGAGUCGGCGGGCUGCGCGCCUCCGGGGUUCGUCUUUUAGGAGCCGCUCGGUCCGGGUUCCGGGACGGCUUCUCCCGGGCGGGGAAUCAGCAUAGUUGGGCCCUGCAAAUCAAACCAUGGAUAUUCAAUAAUUACAGUACCGUGUCGUUCAGAUCCUAUGGGAUGGCCUUUUCCUCUUUAAAUAGAUGGAACAGUUCCAGGCACCCUAGGAUGAAACUUCACAGUGCUUCACAGACCACAGUCGACAGCAGUGAAGUAAAAACCUUCCUGGCCCUGGCUCACAAGUGGUGGGAUGAACAAGGAGUGUAUGGGCCUCUUCAUUCUAUGAAUGACCUGAGAGUGCCAUUCAUUAGAGAUAAUCUUUUAAAAACAGUCAGUGAUCAUGAGCCUGGAAAACCUUUGUCUGGGAUGAAGAUUCUUGAUGUUGGCUGUGGUGGUGGAUUAUUAGCUGAACCUCUAGGCCGGCUUGGGGCUUCAGUUAUUGGAAUCGAUCCUGUGGAUGAGAACAUUAAAACAGCACAGCACCAUAAAUCAUUUGAUCCAGUUCUGGAUAAGAGGCUGGAGUAUAGAGCAUGUUCCCUGGAAGAGAUUGCGGAAGAGACUGUAGAAAUGUUUGAUGCAGUUAUAGCAUCUGAGGUUGUAGAGCAUGUAGUUGACUUAGAAACAUUUAUACAGUGCUGCUGUCAGGUAUUAAAGCCUGGUGGUUCUUUAUUCAUUACUACAAUUAACAAAACACAACUGUCCUAUGCUUUGGGAAUUGUUUUUUCGGAGCAAAUUGCUGGCAUUGUACCAAAAGGUACUCACACAUGGGAGAAGUUUGUGUCACCUGAAAAGCUAGAGAGCAUUCUGGAAUCAAAUGGGCUGUCAGUUCAGAAGGUGACAGGAAUGCUCUAUAACCCCUUCUCAGGUUACUGGCAUUGGAGUGCAAAUACCAGCCUUAAUUAUGCAGCUCAUGCUCUGAAAGCCAGGGUACAGGAAGCUGCAGAGCCUGCUGAGUUUGUGUUAAAGGAAGAACUGGAAGAGCUCCACGCUGAGCCUAAAGAGCUGAAGAAAUGAAUCCUUUCUGACAAGUGCAUUAAUGGGAUUUGGAAAUCUGAGGUUCCAAGAUAUAGAAAGUAUAUAGUUUGUCUUUUAAGAGAGAAUCAUGGAAAAGAGAAGGUCAAUAAAAAGGACUGCAUUGUUGAA